AACUGUGACGCUGUUUCUGGAACCUCCUCAUAUGUCUAAGCAUCAUCUGGCAGGUUGAAAGUAUAUGAUUUCCAGUCGUCACCAAUAUAUGGACUUGUGUACCACGUGCUAUAACAUGUUCAGAAUGACAAGACUUCAAAACAUCUGUUCAGUUUCUAGCAAUAUGAUCAUUGAAUGAUCUUAUCCAAUAGAUAUCCCAUGAUCGCAAUAUUGAAAAACAGAUUUCUUAUGAACAAGAUGUCUUAAAUUGGAAAACACAACUCGCAGAACUAUUAUCAAUUUCCAAUAUCUAUCAAUCAGUGUUCUCUUCAUUUCAAAUCUAGUCAGGACCCAAUGGGUUCAAAGGACACAGAAGGUAAUGGGGGCCGCAAGCGUCACAUAGGACAACACCGAUUGGUGGAUGUCACUGCUCCAGAGUCGGAACUCUCGGCCCCACAUAUACCCCUCCACACGACAAUCCAGCAACCCGACUUGGAGGAUAUGGAUUGUGGCAAGAGUACAGAACAUAGUCUCAAGGGAGAUUACUCUAAUGUGGCAUUGUUAAUGUUAUUGUACAUACUUCAAGGGAUUCCGCUGGGCUUAGGUGGCAGUAUUCCUAUGUUACUACAGAGUCAGAAUGUAAGUUACAAGGAACAAGCGAUAUUCAGUUUUGUAUUCUGGCCAUUUAGUAUUAAACUACUAUGGGCGCCACUUGUCGAUUCCCUCUACUUCACAUGGUUCGGACGGCGGAAGACCUGGCUGGUUCCUAUACAGUAUUUGAUUGGCCUGUUUAUGUUCGUCCUUUCAAUCCACGUCGAUGAUCUGAUGGGGAAGAAUGGCAGUGUCGUCAACAUUUACACCCUUACAUUUGUUUUCUUCAUGCUGAAUUUUCUCGCAGCUACACAAGACAUCGCAGUGGAUGGCUGGGCACUCACUAUGCUGUCAAGACGUAACGUCGGCUGGGCUAGUACCUGUAACACUGUUGGCCAGACCGCCGGAUACUUCCUCGGGAAUGUCCUGUUCAUGGCAUUGGAGUCCCCUAGCUUCUGCAACACCUACCUCCGUUCUGUUCCGUCCGAUAGUGGUGUUAUUACUCUACCAAAUUUCCUGAAGAUGUGGGGUGUUGUGUUUAUUGUCACGACGACACUCGUCUGGGCUCUGAAGAGGGAAGCGGAGGAUCCAGAGGCUGAUUUAGAUCAGGGAGUCAUAGGGACAUACAAACAACUGUUUAAUGUCAUCAGACUUCCUUCCGUCAUCUCCUACGCUAUCAUCAUCCUCACAGCCAAGAUUGGUUUUUCUGCUGCGGACUCAGCGACAAGUCUGAAACUGAUUGAGGCUGGAAUGAAGAAGGAGACAUUGGCUUUGUUCGCUGUACCUAUGAUCCCAAUACAGAUUAUGUUGCCGCUCAUUAUCAGCAAGUUUACCACUGGGCCCAGUCCAAUGACAGUGUUCCUCAAGGCCAUGCCAGUACGACUGCUGUUUGGGUUGUGGUACGCUUUCAUCGUGUGGCUGGCUUACCGUGUUCAGGCAACACCAGGGGAGUUUCCCGUCUAUUUUUAUCUUUUAUUAUUAGGAAGUUAUGCUCUGCAUCAGGUAUCUCUGUAUAGUAUGUUUGUGGCCCAAAUGGCUUUCCAUGCCAAAAUCAGUGACCCUGCCAUUGGGGGCACAUAUAUGACGUUACUCAACACCUUGGCCAAUUUAGGGGGUAACUGGCCAGGAACCAUGGCCCUUUGGAUGAUAGAUGGUCUGACCUGGAAGGAAUGUCAGGGCGGCCCUGGUGACUGUGGGUCACCUGCAGAAAUUGAGACUUGUACUACAGAGGGAGGAAGCUGUGUGACCAAUAUAGAUGGCUAUUUCAUUGAAUCCAUUAUCUGCGUCGUGAUUGGCUUCUUAUGGCUAAUAUGGCGACAUCGGAAAUUACGUCAAUUGGACUCCCUCCCUCAGUCAGCAUGGAAGUGUUCUUGAUGUUUCAUUUAGAUAUUAUGUGUCUCUUCACUGCCUUCUGAACACGUAAACGUCACUGUCUGUGACUCUGGAACCAGAUAUUUCAUUUCUGUAACUGUGUUCAUAGGAUGUCUGUUCAAACAAUUCAUGUAUUAAAGCAUUUUCUGUAAAGUUACAUAUACUGUGAUGUUUUAAUAUUAGAUCUCAGAGGUUG